AUGGAAGCAAAUAAAAGGGAGGCACUUAAAGCGAUAGAGAAUGCUAAGAAAAGGUUUGCUCAUAGAGAUUUUGUUGGAGCGAAAAGUUAUGCUUUAAAAGCCAAAACAUUGUGUCCUGGAUUGGAGGGUAUAUCUCAAUUGGUGACCAAUUUUGAGGUUUACAUUGCCUCUCAAGUCAGUUGUAAUGGUGAACUUGAUUGGUAUUCCAUUAUGGGUUUAAAGCCUUCGACAAAUAUAGAAGCUGUGAAGAAACAGUACAAGAAGAUGGCUGGGUUGCUUCAUCAUGAUAACAAUAAGUGUGUCGGAGAUGAUGGGGCAUUUCAUCUUGUUUCUGAGGCAUGGUCCAGGCUCUCUGGUAGUUAUGAUAUGAAGAGGAAUGCACAAGUGGGUGUUGGGCAUGGAUUUAAUCAUAAUGGGUUGUCUUCCGCACGUGCCUCAGAUGGUAAUCAGGAAACUUUUUGGACAAUUUGUACUUCUUGCAAGGUUCAGUAUGAGUAUCUGCGCAAGUAUAUAAAUAAGAAACUUUCUUGUAAAAAUUGCCGUGGGAUUUUCAUUGCUGUCGAAACAGCCCCAGCAAACGGUUCCUUCCCUUAUUGUCCUUGGUCGUAUGGGUCUAGCAGUGGUUAUGGAAGCCAUUCGUAUGAUGGAGUUUCGUAUCCUCCCAGUAAUGGCACCUAUUUCAACGGCAAUGGGGUUACCGGAUACCAUUCGGCACACGGGUAUGAGUAUGUUUCUAAUGUUCCAUAUCAAUUGAACUCUGCUGGAUAUGUUAAUCAAAAUGGAUCAUCUACUACUUGUGAGGCCAAUGGGAAUGUAAAGAGGGGAAGACCGAAAGUUAAUUCAGAAGCUGAUAUGAAGCAUUGCAUGACAAAGACAUUGGUUAAUAUAAACUCAGUUGUAUCAUUCUCCCAGAAUGAACCGCAAGAGGUUAAGCCCAGUAGACCUGAGAAGAAACGGAAAGUUCUUGGAGCCAGUUUAAGAAAUGGGCAUGAAGGAAAGGGUUCAAAAUGUGCUUCAGAGUCAACAUUGGCUAAUGGGAAUGGAAGCGUUGGGCAUGGCCAGAAGCUUUCCAGUACAUGUGAAGUUCCAACCAAACAAUAUUCCAUGGCACCAGCUUUCGAUGCAAGAAAAUUGUUGAUCGAGAAGGCCAGGACAGAAAUAAGGAAAAAACUGGAAGAGAUGAAGUUGGCAUCUGAAGCUGCAGUUGCAGCUAAUGAGAGAAAAAAUCUCAAGCUGAUGUUGAUCAGGUCGAAGGAGGUGCAUACAUUAAAGCAGGUCUUAAUGUUUCUGAUAAUCAAUUAG